UUUUGGAGCACCGCCGUAGUUUUGAUCGCGGCUUGCUAGACGUGCGUCAUGGGACUAGCAAGGACGACCCGCCGACCGUUGCUGCUGCUGCUGGUCCUGCUUCUCUGUGCUACGCCGUCGGUGCUCGGCAUGGGCGCCACGCUGCUUCAGCUCUGCCCGUCGAUCACGUCGACGCCAUCGGCCUGCGUGCGCCAAGGUGGCAAUGACAGCGUCAGCGUCAUCGCUGCCAACGCCUCGGGCGCCAUCGACCUCUCCAACAUGUCCAUCACGACAAUUGAAGAGCUGCCCGUGCAAUUCACGACCUUGAACUUGUCCAACAAUCUCGUCGACUCGGUGCGGUCCAUGUACCUCGGCCCUUCACACCUUACGAACCUCGACUUGAGCUACAAUAACAUUCAGUCGUACAGCCGCUUGGCGCUGCCGACGACGCUGACCGUGCUGGACUUGAGCUUCAACAACUUGACGCGACUCGAUGCAACGACCAUCAAUUGGCUAUUGUUUCCAAACCUUACCAAGCUGAUCUUGCGCGGCAAUAGCAUCACGUCCAUAUCCAGCACGCAUUUUCCAGCGUCGCUCCAGCACCUGGACCUCUCGAUGAACCCGAUCUGCCGAUUUGACAUUGAUCCGACCACGUACUACCAAUUCCGGAGCGAUUCGUUCGAGUUGAUGGCGUCCAUGGCCCCGAACGCAUUCCAAAUGGCAUGCGUGAGCUGCCCCGGCACGCUCGUCGUCGGCCAAGGCCUCGCACUCUGUGUCUUUGAGGGGUCGCGUGAGCACCUCUUGAACCAGACCCAAGAUUACUUUUUACGCUACUCGAUUGCAAUUUCGACCAUCACGGUGCUGCUCAUGGCCGUGCUCUGGUUCCGCCGGUACCGGCAAAUCCAGCGCGACCGCGCCGAGCUCUCGAUGCGCGACACGUGCACGAGUUCCAUCUGCGCGCAGUACGACGGCGUCCCCAUGCAAUACCGCAUCUCGCUGUCGCCCUUGGCCGCGCCACCCUCGAGUAGUACGAGUUGCCUCCCGACCGACACCCAGCGCACAGACGUCAGCACCGCGACGUCGGCCUUUCGUCCGUGAAAUCGGUCGAGUCUGUUGGAUACGACAAGCAUGCUCGUGACGCUUAGCAAGACACGAACGACUGUACCACUAGCCUAAUGAUAACUCCUUUGUCUUGCC